AUGAAGCUUUUUAUUGUCAUCUUUUUGAUUGUUGCAACAAGUGCUAUUUCCAUAAAUUCUAAAUGUACAGCAGAAGUUACAAAACUCACUCCAAGAUUUUCUUAAUUAUAUGGAAAUGUAAAUGAAAGAAAGUUUGUUUCAAGUAUUAAGGAAUUAAUUGGAAUUUUAAAAUCUUUAGUUGCUGUAAAAAAAUCUUGUACUGGAUCAGAAGGAGUUGAUUUGUCUAAUUUUAAAUAAAAAAUAGGAGUAUGUUUAAAAGGUGGUUUUGAAUUAGCUAGUAAUGGUUAUAAAUCUUACAAUGAAUUUGAAGAAGAUGGAUUCUCAGAUAUUCUUGUUGAUAGUUUAGUUGAAAUGUCACAUUUAGUGGAACCUGUAAUAACAAAUUGCUGGGGAGAAGAAGUUAAAUCUGUCUUAGGAUUUGUUUUACCUGAUUAAUGCAUAUCAGUUAUUGACGAUGUUGCAAAAGUCUCCUUAUAAAUUAUAGAAUAAAAAGAAAGACCAUUGUUAGUGACUAAGGGAUUAAUUAAUUUGAGAAAAAUUUUCAAAGAAUCCAAAAAGGCUUGUCCAUUUGUUGACACUUUAAUUCCAAAGAAACAAAAGAAUGAUGAUGAUAAUGAGGAUAGUGAUUUUUCUGAUGAUGAUGAUAUGGAAGCAUUAUUUGAAUUAUUCUAAUGAUC